CGUAAAGGAGAAUCCGUUUAUAUUAAAUAGAAAAAAUUACACAUUCUAAAUUACAUUUCGUGCGAUAAAUAUGAAUGAGAAUGCGACUGAGUGCAUUGAUUUUACGGACUCCGACGAUAUACAACUUUCUCUCAAUAUGCAGCACCUAAGCACUCAGCUAAUUUCUCUCACCGAAGGCGUGGACGAGGAGUCGUCAAACGUACAGAGCCAGCGACCGGGAGGCAGUAGCAAAGGUGUUUUGGCGCAAUUAAAGCGUAAUUUUGCCGAGUUAAAUUUAGAUGCGAAUGCUCCGGUAUUGGAGUUUCAUGGCUAUGGUUGUCUUAAUGUGCUGCCGAAACAUUCGCGCGCUUUUGUUGGUAACAAAAAACAUGCACAGUCAGGUGGCGACAUACAGUCUCAUGAAUUUGUUGCGCGCCAAAACUCGCGACAGCAACAACAACUACAAGAGCUAAAUGUUUGGAUCAAUCCCAGCAAUGGGGAAGAAGAAAUAUCAAUGGAAAAAUUAAAGUCCAUUGGCUUGCACUGCGAUGGCGUUGAGCACAAUCCUGUCAUGCGGCUCAUGAAUUUAUUUUGUUCGUUGCACGACCAUCUGAAUUCCCAGUUGCCGAGCUCUCAAAUGAACGCUCUGCCAUCCGACUAUCUCUUCGAUUGGCCGAAGAAAUGCACUUUGCCCAAAAGCAUUAAUGUGCGCCAUCAGGUGAUGGUGCUGGUCAACAAAUGUGAGCGCUUUUUAGGCGCCCAACGUCGCGUCUUGGAGUCGAACCGACACUUCGACUUAGUCAAAUAUAAUGAGUGCGACGAUUUAUUGUGUGCAGCAACGGCCUGGACGCAGCUUUUAAGACAAUUUAGCACCGUCGAAAUGCGGCACUUUAAGGGCAAGUUUGUGAACUCCAAGGCAAAGGCCUGUGCCACACAAUUGGAGGAGGUGAUGUUGAAACUGCGUGAAUCGAUACGAGCGGCCUAUAUCAACAUCUUUGUUUUCAAUUGGGAAAUGGAUCAAGAGCAUCGCUACUCCCUGGCCAUGACCGAGAGCCGUGAGACUACUAAUAAAUUCGCUUUGGAAGCAUGCGAAGAUGAAAAGCAGGCUGCGUCGCAGUCGCCACAAAUGACACCCGAGGAGCAGUUCCUGGCUGAGGUAUACCAGUUGGAAAAUGUUUUGAUGUGUGCCAAGGAGUUUGAGGACACUUUGAAUGCACUCAUUCAAAUGCCUGAGAACUACUUUCCGCCGGAAAUUGUUGCCCAAUUCAAUACCAAAAAUAAGGCAACAACACAGCUCGAUGGCACGAUUGGCGGAGAAUAUGAGUUGUGGGCCGAUGUUGAUAUUAUUGAGGUGCCCACAUCGCCACCGAAGAUAAGUCAUCGCAGACAUUAUCCCCAAAUCUACAGGGGCUAGCCGUAAGUGAAAAUUGAUUUCCUUUGCUUCUCAGAAUGAAUGCUUGCAUCUAUUUUCUUUCUCAAUUUGAUGUAAUGUAUAUUUUGUUUUCGAUUCAUUAAAUGAAAACUUGUUUCGUAUUCAGAUCUCCAAUUAAAAAUUUUAAAUUAAGUACUUUAAAA